AUGUCGCUCCGGAUCGCCCUCGCGGACCCCCCAGACUUCUACACCAACCUCGACGUCAUCACCGGCCAUGUCGUCCUGCACCUCCCCCGCCCCGAGCUCGUCGGCGCCAUCGUCGUCAAGCUCGAGGGCGAGUCCCGCACCGCCCUCGCCGCGCCCUUCUCGGGAGAUCCCCGGUACCAGGGCGGCGGCCCGGGCGGCCGUCUACCGGGUAGCUACCCGGGCAGCGGCGGCGGCGGAGGCCUCCACAGCAACGCGCAGUCGGGCAACAUCGUCAGCGAGAACCACAAGAUCCUCUACCGCGUGUCGCAGGUCUUCCCGCAGGUCGGCACCCCGGCGCACGCCGCGCCCGUCAACCUCGCGCCCGGCCAGCACGCCUUCCCCUUCAGCUUCAAGCUGCCUUUCAACAACGCCUGCGCCGACAGCGCCGCCAUGGCCCGCAUAGGCGGCCUCGCCGGCGCUGGCGGCUACGGCCUCCCCGGCCCCGCGGGCAUCUUCGGCUCCGGCAUCCGCGUCAUGGACGGCAGCCGCCAGCUGAUGUACCGCCACGUCACGCGAACGCUGCCGCCCAGCUUCACCGGUUUCCCGGGCAGGGCCGAGAUCAGGUACUACGUGAAAGUGACGGUCCAGCGGCCGGGCCUGCUGCGCGAGAACUGGCGCCAGCACCUCGGCUUCAAGUUCCUGCCCAUCGAGCCGCCGCGGCCCCAGAAUCAGGAGAAGCAGGCCGAUGGCAAGAACCGCGAGGCGUACGCGCGGAGACCGUUCACCUUCCAGGAGCGCAGUCCUACUCCCAUUCCGGAGAAGAAGAAGAGCUCGCUCUUCACCCGCAAAGAAAGCACCAGCCUCGCCGUCCCCAGCCCGACCGCCGGCCCAAGCAACGGUGCCGGCAGCGGCAGCAGCAGCACCGCAGACAACGCCCAGACUCUCCAAGACGGCCUGCCCCCCUCGAUCGAGAUGUCCGCCCGCCUGCCCCACCCGGCCAUCCUGACCUGCAACCAGCCCAUCCCGCUGCGCCUCAUCGCGCGCAAGCUCGUCCCCUCGCGCGAGGUGGUGCACCUCGUCUCCCUGCAGGUCGACCUCGUCGGCAGCACCCACCUGCGCUGCCAGGAGCUCCACGCGGCCGAGCAGACGCGCUGGGUCGUCGUCUCGCGCUCCAACCUGGCCCUGCCGCUCUGCGGCGCCGACGACCCCGUCGGCCACGAGGCCGCGCUGCCCGACUCGCUCUGGCGCGCCGCGCCGCUGCCCAACACCGUCAUGCCCUCGUUCGUCGCGUGCAACCUCGACCGCGAGUACAGCCUCGAGCUGCGCCUCGGCCUGUCGUGGGGCCUGCCGCCGCAGCAGCAGCAGUCUUCCUCCAUGUUCGGCAAGGGCAAGCAGCCCGCCGUCCAGCCGCAGGCCAUCUUCCUCCCGCUGACCUUCAGCUCCGUGGAGGUCUACUCGGGCGUCACGCCGCCGCCCGAGCUCGUCGCCAGGAUGCAGCAACAGCAGCAGCAGCAGCAGCAGCAACAGCAGAGGCCGCCGAGGCCACGACCACAACAGCCGCAGCCGCAGCAAUAUCAGCACGUCCCGCCGCUGCCGCCGCGCACAAACACCGCCGGCCCGCAGGCCGCGCACGACACGCUGUACCCGCCGCAGCUGCGGCCCGGCCAGGAGGUCCCGCCCUACGACGACGCGCCGCCGAGCUACGACGAGGCCAUGGCCGAGGAGCUGACGGGGCCCAUCCUGCCGCCCGGCCAGGCGCGCCCGGCCUACAGCGGCGUGACGAACGAGAAUGCGCCCAGUACGAUACCCGAGAAGAACUGA